AUGUUUUGCAGUGGGAAUGAGAAAGAUAAAGCAAUACCUAAAAGGGAUAGCAUUGAUGAGAAUCAGCAAACUAUGAUAAACAUUGUGGCAAAUGUUAUGUCAAUCAUAAGACCCAUCACUGACUAUAAUAACACAUUGAAUGAGAAGGAAGGACUCCGAUUAUGUGAACUAUUAAACGCUUCAAAUGUAUUGAGAGAUAAAUGUAUUAACAAAUUGAUUGAAGAGCAAAGACAUGCAGAGGCGCUCAAAGUUAUAGUCAAUAAUUGGGAACAAAUUACACAUAAUAUCAUCGAAAUGUCAAAACAGUUGACACUUUUCACGGAAGUCUGCAAUGAGGACCAAAUCGCGCUAAUAAAGUACGGGUGCAUUGAAAUGAGUUGUAUCCGACAUGUUAUGGCCUAUGAUACCCCGAACUCGCUUAUGACUAUUACCAUGGAAAACGGAAACUCGACAAUUAUAAAGUUGUCGGUCAUAAAGGAGGCCAAACCAGAUAUAUAUAAUUUAUUUGAAAAGUUUUUUGAUCAAUUUUAUCCACAAUGGAAUUGUGACCCUGUUAUAAUGGACUUGGUAUUUAACAAUUAA